AUGGCGGUACCUGGUGCCUCAGGAACGCAGCAGCUCUGCCUCGCUGGCAGCGCCCACCGGGAAGGAAGGGCGAGCACGCCAAGGGGGAGGCACGGGCAGUUUGUGGGGUGCAAACUGGCUCCCCCAGUGCAUUCGUACCCCUUUGCUGAUGCAACAAAGGGUGACGACUUACUCCCAGCGGGGACUGAGGAUUACAUUCAUAUAAGGAUCCAGCAACGAAACGGAAGAAAGACACUCACAACUGUUCAGGGAAUUGCAGAUGAUUAUGACAAGAAGAAACUUGUGAAAGCUUUCAAAAAGAAAUUUGCUUGUAAUGGUACUGUGAUUGAACAUCCUGAAUACGGUGAAGUUAUCCAGCUUCAAGGUGACCAGAGGAAGAACAUUUGCCAAUUCCUCUUGGAGAUUGGCAUUGUCAAGGAAGAACAACUGAAGGUUCAUGGUUUCUAAAAUACCUGUACUCUCAUGAAGAACCCUGCAGUAUUUGGUCUUACCGAGCCUGGCUCUUCCGUCAAAAAUGAAUCUUUGUAGUGAAUGGACUUCCCUGUUACCUGAACACUUAAAAUUUGAUUCAGAUUUGCAUGACUGCGUGAAACAUGUGGUGUGUAGGCUAGAAACACAUAAGAAAACUUCAGUAAGGUGGUAAUGAUGACACUUGUGAACCUUAACACAUUUCCAAUGGAAAUGUUUUAGCGAUGAUUGUUCAGUUUACUACUCUCCACCUGACUUAAAUUUGUGGGUUGUAUUAAAAUAGUGUGUGUCGUUGCUUAGAAAUAAAAGUUUAUUCAUAU